AGCAGUGGAUAUACAGAGACAGAGCAGAACACUGACUGAUAUCUAACCAGGGAACACUAUGGUUACACAGCAGACGGCAAGGACGAUGUGUUAAAGAAACAAACCGGCUGCAUCUACAGGCGGAAAUCUCUGCAGCAGAUGUGCUAGCGAGCGUGUUUCAGCAUCAGAGUGCGGGACUCUGGGGAGCGGGGAAGGGCUCUUCAUUGAGAAGCAUGGCAGGCUGGAUUUUGCAGCACGAUGGGUUGACUCUCAUUCAUUAUAAAGGAAAAUAUAUUUAACCGAGACUGUCUUCACGGGCCGUCGCAGCUCUCGUCAUCCACUAUGCGCAGGGAUCGAGAGCAUGGAAUUGAGCGCCGUCGACAAAAACAACAACAACACAGCAGAAAAAGCAGCACACCUGGCAUAAGCCGAGAUAUUAGGUAGCACUGUAUGUAGCAGGAAUUUCAGCGGAAAUUUUGUUUUGUUUUUUAAUUCUACAGCAUUUCUGAGUGUCAAACGACGAGUUUUUUGCUUCUAUAUGUAGCUUUUUUCGUUAGUAUCACCCCUCAGGUGUAUGUACAAUGUUAACAAUGUCCUGUAGAAUCUACAGUAACUUACUGUUCGCCAGUAACUUACUGUAAAUACAUUUUACAGCAAAUUUAAUACAGCAAAAAUACAGUAUUUACAUUUACAGCACCAUUUAUCUAGCUGAAUUGUAUGUAUUUACAGUGUUGCAUAUCUUUACUGUAUAAUAUACAGUAAGUUUUUACAACUACGGUAACCUACAGUAAAAUACAGUUCAUAUCACAGUUAAAUACUGUGUAAUUUACUAAAAUUGUUAACAGUGUAGUGUGUUUGGUUAGCUAGAUUGUUGGCGGUUUAUGGUUGCUGCUUGGGUUUACUGAAGUUUGUGGUUGGUAUGGUGACUAGAGCAAACGCUCUAAUCGGAUUGGCUGAUGAAGGCCUCCUGGAUACGACUGCUGAAACGAGCAACAGGAAACCGAGUCAAGAACAACAUUGGCGGUUCAGCGGACUCAUACACCAGUCGGCCAUCAGACUCGGAUGUGUCUCUGGAGGAAGAUAAAGAGACUUUACGCAGAGAAGCUGAGAGACAGGCUCAGGCUCAACUCGACAAGGCCAAGAGUAAACCAGUGGCGUUUGCAGUACGCACUAAUGUUGGCUACAGCGCUUCUUUUGAAGAUGACGUCCCCGUGCCUGGAACAGGAAUCUCAUUUGAUCCUAAAGAUUUCCUUCAUGUUAAAGAAAAAUUUAAUAAUGACUGGUGGAUCGGCCGCUUGGUGAAGGAAGGCUGCGACAUCGGUUUCAUCCCAAGUCCAGUGAAGCUCGAAAGCAGUCGCCUUCGCCAGGAGCAGCGCGCAAAACAAGGACGGUUUUACUCGAGUAAAUCAGGGGCAAACUCUUCAUCCAGUUUAGGGGACAUUGUUUCAAACUCACGUAAAUCAACUCCUCCCUCGUCAGCUGUGGACAUUGACGCCGCAGGUAUAGAUCCAGAGGAGAGCGAUCCUCCUCCCCAUCAGCGAUCCCCCAAAGCCAGCCCAAACACAGUCAUAUCCCCUUUAGCCCGAGAGAAACGAAUGCCUUUCUUUAAGAAGGCGGAGCAUGUUCCUCCAUAUGAUGUGGUGCCGUCGAUGAGGCCGGUUGUUCUUGUUGGACCUUCACUCAAGGGCUACGAGGUAACAGAUAUGAUGCAGAAAGCGCUGUUUGACUUUCUGAAGCACCGGUUUGAGGGGAGGAUAACCAUCACAAGAGUAGCAGCUGAUAUUUCUCUGGCCAAACGCUCAGUGCUGAACAACCCCAGUAAACACGCCAUCAUCGAGCGCUCAAACACACGCUCCAAUCUAGCGGAGGUUCAGAGCGAGAUCGAGAGGAUAUUUGAGCUGGCCCGGACGCUGCAGCUGGUGGUUUUGGAUGCAGACACAAUAAACCAUCCGUCUCAGCUGGGGAAAACCUGUCUGGCACCCAUCAUUGUCUACAUCAAGAUCACCUCUCCAAAGGUUUUGCAGAGGUUAAUAAAGUCCCGAGGAAAGUCUCAGGCCAAACAUCUCAAUGUACAGAUGGUGGCAGCUGACAAACUGGCUCAGUGUCCUUCAGAGCUCUUUGACAUUAUUCUGGAUGAGAAUCAGCUGGAAGACGCCUGCGAGCACAUGGCCGACUAUCUGGAGCUGUACUGGAAGUCCACUCAUCCUCCCAGUGCUGCUCCGUCCACUCCACUGCUGGACAAACUGAGCGCAGUGACCGCAGCCGCAGUGGCCUGCAAAGAGCAGCUGACCAACACACAACCCAAGGGCACCGGCAGUGAUCAGCAAGCAGAUCGAGCAGCAGCCGACAGGACCAGUUUUUAUGAAGACUAUCAUCACCAUCAUCAUCCUCAACAACACUACCAAAUGCAGAAGCAGGAAAGCUUUGAAGAAGAAGAAGAAGACGACGAAGAUGACGAUGAUGAAGAGAACACUGACGAAAGACACGACAACAAAGACCAACAAAACCAUCACAAAAACCAGCACUCUUCAUCCACACGGACCGAACGCCAUCAUCACCACCGUCACCACCAUCAUCAUCAUCACCGACACAAUCACAGUCGCACCGCCAGAACACUGUCUAAACAGGAGACACUAGAGUCCACUGAAACCCAGACACACUCCCAACCACAGCAGGAGGAGGAGCAGGAGUCUGUUCAACCCAACCAUCAUCGUCAUCACCAUCAUCAUCAUCAUCAUCAUCAUCAUCACCGUAACGAUAAAGAGAAGGAAUACGACCACAACGAGAGGAACAGUCGGCAAAGAGGAAAGCAGAAAUCACAACGGGAGCACCACCAUCAUCAUGAGAGGGACAGGAGAAGACAUUAUAUAGAACAGUGACACACACACACACACACACACACACAGACUGCUAACACAUGUGUGGCACAAACACACACACAUAGUUGAGCUUUUCUAUGGGCAUUCAUUCACUAGCCUCACGUCAAUAGCUAUAUUUCCAUCCACCUGUUUUUUAGAGCUGUAGCAAAAAAUCAUUAGAGAAAUCGAUUUAUUGCAUUGCUAUUCUCUUUUAAAUCGAUUCUGAGCUUAGUUUUUACAGCAGACGGUGCUCUACACUAGUGUUUAACAGCGAUUGUCGCUCUAGGCUAGUGUUUAACAGUAGACGGCGCUCUAGGCUAGUGUUUAACAGCAGAUGGCGCUCUAGACUAGUGUUUAACAGCAGAUGGCGCUCUACACUAGUGUUUAACAGCAGACGGCGCUCUAGACUAGUGUUUAACAGCAGAUGGCGCUCUAGACUAGUGUUUAACAGCAGACGGCGCUCUAGACUAGUGUUUAACAGCUAAUGUCAUUCUAGGCUAGUGUUUA